GCCUAUCAAAUGGAUUUUCUGAAUCCCUUAGUUAUUUUGCUGAUUGGGAAUGUGUAUGGAUUUCACCCACAUCAUUCAGUGAAAGACCAAAUAUCUAAUUACUUGAAAGCUGCUCCAUGGGAUCACGUAAAAUCAUUCGCCAAGAUAAAAACUCCGAUAUCAUUGGAUAUAACAUCCAAUUAUAAACUUCCUGCAGGAACAAUUUUGAAUGGAAUAAAUGUAGUGACCGGGAAAAACUGUGCUGAUAUUUUGGGCAGGAAACCAUCUACCAAAAGUAAGGACGGAAUAUAUACCGUUUAUCCUGACAACAAAAAUCCAGUCCGGGUUUACUGUGACAUGACCACCGAUGGAGGGGGCUGGACGGUUAUUCAAAAUAGAUACGAUGGAUCAACCAAUUUUUAUCGCAAUUGGAAUGAAUACAAGAAAGGUUUUGGUAACCUUUAUCAGGAAUUUUGGCUUGGAAACGACAAUAUUCAUGCUCUUACUAGAAAUGGUGACCAAGAGCUACGAAUAGAAAUGACAAAAUUUUCAGGAUCAAAGGUUUACGCAAAGUACUCCCGAUUUUCUAUCGGUGAUGAAUCAAAAAAGUACAAACUGUCGAUCAGUGGAUACAGUGGAACAGCUGGAGAUUAUAUAAUUGGUAGCCACAACUUAAAUGGAAUGGCCUUCACAACCAAGGACAAGGAUAAUGAUAAUAAUGGUAGUAAUUGUGCAUCAAAACAUAAGCAUGGUGCUUGGUGGUACAACAGCUGUGCUUACUCUGAUCUAAAUGGACGAUACACACACAAACAAAUAAGCUCCAAGUUCCAUUUACACUGGGGAACAUCGCGAGAAAAUAUGAAAACAUCAAGGAUGAUGAUAAGAACAAAAUCCUGAAUGAAUAAAACAGUGAUUCCACAGAAUAA